GCAAAACCUAGCAUCAUCAACGCAUCAAUUCGGCAUCUCAUUUCAAGGCAACACUGACCAUCAAGCUCCCUUUGGCGACUGGACGCGAAGUUCAUUCAAUGACUGCAUCUCGAGAUGAGCACUACAGUCCGCACGCAGAUCAACCCCAGCCAGACGCGUCAUCUGCAUGGCCCCGUCUGUUUCGCGUCAUCGUGCCAUUUGCAUCGCACCGCGUCUACUAAAUUCAUCAACUGCAGACAGCCGACGUAAUUCCGUUGUCGCCCGCGCUUGAAAAUUAAUCAAAGCACUCAACCCGCUGCUCUCGUCCUCCUCCUCACAACAUUACUCAUGAGUCAUCUGUGUCGCGCGACUCAACAAGCGCGACCCGCCGACACCAUGGCGCCGAAUGAGAGACCACCACUGAAGGGGCAAUCGGCUGAGGAAGAUGAGGUUGCCAACAACCAUCGAGAGUCCUCGGUCGAGUCCUGCAUUGUCCUCGCUAUUUCGACCAUUGUCACUCGAGCUCAUGCGGAGCACAUGUCGGGUUCUGAGCUAUCUACUACUACUAGCAAGGAGAGUUCUGCGCGGCCAGUGGAGGAAACAAUUAAAUCCGAACCAGAAGACCCUCCCGACAUGCUGAUGUCGUUGUCAACUGUUGAGCCGUUUGACCAGUGCGAAGCAAAAACUCCUGAACCACUGGAUAUUGCUUUUCACGAUCAUCAACAGCAGAAAUGUGAAGGGCUCCCAGUCCUAGUGGACUACGAUAUUCCUCAGCAAGAGUUUGAGAAUUCUACAGUUGAGAAGUCAGAUAUGCCUGAAGCGAAAGAUGCACCAACUUCUAUACCCGAUUUGAGUUUAAAAAGGAAUACCCAGGAGGCCACAGCUACAUAUCUCGAGACAAUGGCCAUUGAGAACAAGAUUGCCAAAGAGGAGGAACUACAGAAGAAGCUACAGGAAAAGAUAGACUACAACUACAAUGUCAUCCUCGACUGCGAUGUCAGUAUUGACGUUGAGCGCCGUGCAAUUAGCAGAGCCAAAAGCAGGAGGAGGCCAUUCUGGAUCCCAUGGUUCAUGGAACGUCAACGCUACCUUACGUCUAAACGCAAGAACCUUCAGAAGAAAAACGCCGAGAUGGAGGGAGUCAGAAAGCGGCGCUGCAAGAAGCUGGAAGGGCUGAUAUCAGAGAAACAAAGAAUCGAGAAGAGCUUGCUUCAUAUCAACGAGACAUAUCAAGCCACCUUUCAGCAAAGACAGUUUCGGGAAAGCUUAAGCCUGCUAUCCUUCAGUUGCGAAGUACAUCUUAAGCAAAGUUACGGUACUCAGAUUUGCCUGUUACAAUGGAGAUCCUUGACCGAUUUGCACAAAGUGAAACAGAGCGUCCCUUGACGAGACGAAGCUCUAGGAUGAGUUGAUCAUAGUAGAUUUACCGAGUACGUCCGCAGUCCAAGUUUUGUAAAAGCACUAUUGGAAAGAGAGAAUAAAAGAAUAUAAGAGGGUAAAGCAACG